AUGUCUGUUAAUUUCAAGCACCUUUCCAAGGCCGGUGGCCGUAUCAUGGAUAGAUUAACCCAUCCACCUCGUGGGAUGGUGAGACAUCAGGCAAAGGAGCAAGCAAAGGCAUUACCUGAGUUUUUGAAACCUGACUUGCCAAUUUUAAAUGUUUCAGAGAGGUUCAAGGGCCCUCGUGACUGGCAAUUUCUUCCAGGGGAUCGUGUUGUUAUUAUGACUGGUCCAUGUCGAGGAAAUAUUGUUCAUAUUACUAAACAUGAUGUGGCAACUAAUGGGUUUGUUCUGGAUGAAAAUGGACCAACUAAAUCAGUUGCUGUACCUAAAGAUUUUUGGGCCGAAGGUCAAACUACUCAUGUGGUUAAUUUGCCCAUUUUAAUGCAAAAGAAGGAUCUUAGAUUAGUGGCCGACAUUGAAGAUACCGCUAAUCCAGGGAAGUUGAAAACUGUAGCUGUCGAGAAUAUAACUUUUAAAGGUCAAUAUUACGAUGAAAAUUAUAAAAAAAUGAUGCCAUACAGAUGUGUGUUUGGAAAUUCAGAUCUUAUCAUUCCAUGGCCAAAACCGGAACCCACAGAAGAUGGUACCUUGACUACUGACAGUGAAGUCGCUAGGGAGCAAACAUUCUGGAUUGAUACUAUUGUAAGAGGAUCGAUUCCAGAUGCAGCAUUCAGUACUAUCCGUAAUCCACAUUCCAAAUAUAGAAGAGGUAAGAUCACCCCAUCAGAUAUAAGGAAACUUGUUGCACCAAAAAUGCCAUUGACAGAGACAAAGAAGGCUUACCUAGAAGAACAAAAAAUGUUAAAUGAAAGACCAAAGGAAGUACUAACGGAAGAAGAUAAGGUUAUGAUUGGUAACAAAAUAAUACAAUUUCUUCAGAAGAAAGAAACCCAAAGCACCACAUCGCAAUGA